GAGGAAUACUAAACAGGAGGCAGUGCACUGAGGACAAGGACCAACAUUUUAGGAACCGACCGACUAUCACACAGCAGCGGAGCGGAGGCAGGGACACACAGUCUGCCCGGGCUAUAUGCACACACACACAAAACCCCCCACACACAGACAUACACACAUUCCGCCAGGAAUAGAUUUGGAGGAUGAACGGAGCGGCGAUUACGCAAGACGGGAUCGAGCCGAAGGGGGGCGCGCGGAGGACGCUCCGGUUCCAGCGGCCGCACGCGUCUGUGCCCCAGUUCACCAACUCCCCGACCAUGAUCGUGAUGGUGGGACUCCCAGCAAGAGGGAAAACCUACAUCUCAAAAAAGCUCACCAGAUACCUGAACUGGAUCGGAGUGACAACUAAAGCGUUCAAUGUCGGGCAGUACAGAAGAGACGCCACACGCGCCUACAACAGCUUCGAGUUCUUUCGACCCGACAACGCAGAGGCCAUGAAGAUACGCAAGGCCUGCGCCAUCGCUGCCCUGACAGAUGUGUGUAACUACUUCACCAUAGAGCAGGGGCAGGUCGUGGUUUUUGAUGCCACCAACACCACAACGGAGCGCAGAGAGGUCAUCCUCAACUUUGCCAAGGAAAAUGGGUACAAGGUUUUCUUUGUGGAGUCGAUAUGUGAUGAUCCAGAGAUCAUCGCUGCGAAUAUUAAAGAGGUGAAGCUGAGCAGUCCAGACUACGUAGGCUGUGACAAAGAGGAGGCUGUGGCUGACUUCCUGAAGAGGAUCGAAUGUUACAAGUUGAACUACGUCCCGCUGGAUGACAACAAGGACAGAAACUUGUCCUACAUCAAGAUCUUCAACGUGGGCAGCAGGUACCUGGUGAACCGGGUCCAGGACCACAUUCAGAGCAGGAUAGUCUACUACCUCAUGAACAUCCACGUCACCCCCAGGUCCAUCUACCUGUGUCGCCACGGAGAGAGCGACCUCAACCUUGUGGGCCGCAUCGGAGGCGACUCCGGACUGUCGCCUCGUGGUGCAAAGUUUGCCAGUGCUCUGGGGACGUACAUGCGUGGGCAGUGUAUCACUGACCUGAAGGUGUGGACGAGCCACAUGAAGAGGACCAUCCAGACUGCCGAGGCUCUGGGAGUCCCGUAUGAACAGUGGAAGGCCCUCAAUGAGAUCGACGCUGGGGUUUGUGAGGAAAUGACAUACGAAGAGAUUCAGCAGAACUACCCAGAGGAGUUUGCACUGAGGGACCAAGACAAGUAUCGCUACCGCUACCCGAAAGGAGAGUCGUACGAGGACCUUGUCCAGCGUCUGGAGCCGGUCAUCAUGGAGCUGGAGAGGCAGGAGAACGUCCUGGUCAUCUGUCACCAGGCCGUCAUGAGAUGUCUGCUGGCUUACUUCCUGGACAAGACCGCUGGUGAGCUGCCCUACCUGAAGUGUCCUCUCCACACGGUGCUGAAACUCACUCCAGUCGCCUACGGCUGUAAAGUGGAGUCUGUCUUCCUCAACAUCGAGGCUGUCAACACGCACAGAGACAAACCAGUGAACGUGGACGUGGACAGAGACCCGGCGCAGGCUUUAGAGACGGUCCCAGAACACAUCUAGAGGACUCGGCAGGAAGCUGGUUUAAUAUCCGACCCCACCUCAUGGAAAGUGGCCUUUUUUUAAUUUAAGUAGUCGUAGUGUUCAUCGGUGUGAAAGAAGAGAGAGAGACAUUUCUCCCACGUCAGCCUACUUUCAUUGUGAAUGCACUUUAUAACGCAGGGCUCAGGCCACGUGUCUGUGAUAUGAAGGAGAGGUUUCCUUUACUGUGAAGAAUGAACUGCUGAACGCUGCCCGGACGACCAGUCUCACCGUACAGAUAUUCCUGAACACUAUCACCUGCAUGUCUCUGUCUCUGUCCGUCUUCUCUUCAUCUCCUCAUUACUGAUGCAUUAAUAUCUUUAAAUCAUUCAGUCAGUUCUUAACAUGAACUGGCAUGUUGUUCUGAGCCAUUUUGCAUCAUGUUAUCUUGCUUCCACAGUCACAGAGAAACAUCGUGUGAGAGUCCAAAUGACGGGUAAGAAGCAGAGGGUCUGUUUUUUAACUCGUAGCAGGACGUGGUCACAGUGUUGACUUUUGAGAAAUACGCUUCUUGCUGAGAGUUAGAUGAGAAGAUCAAAACCACUCUGAUGUUUGCACAGUUAGUACCGUAAAAAAUAACUCAGCGGGUAAUCAAGGAAUGGACGCAUAUUCUGACUUUAUGAUCGCUCCAGAGGUCCCCACUUUUUUGUCAUCUAUUCAGUUUUAUUUGUAAAGCCCAAUAUCACAAACAGCGUUGCCAGGUGUACGAUAGUUAUCGUAUUUGUGCAAUAAUUUGGCCCUCUGUACGAUGUACGAUCAAUAAUCCCAAAAAAGGCCAAAUGUAUGAUAAUUUGACCAUUUCAUGAAUGUGUGGUUGUAAUCAGUAUGCCAGAGUUUUUUUUGUGAGCCCUGAAGGCAUCUGUUCCCAUGUGACAUGUUUCCAGCCAAUCGCAUUUUGCUUAGCGUGAGAUAUGGAUGACGUUUGUCUCUGAACAAUGAGCACGAUUGGCUGAAUGGUCAGCUGUACCAUCAGCGAGAAUGAGAUUCAAAACGGAAGAAGAAGUAGAGGAAAAACAGAAGCAAAGAAAAUGGAAAAAAGUAAACACUAGAGUGAUUAUAUUUGCCUAUAGCGCAUCAGUAGGAUUGUUAUUUUGGUUAUGACGGAUGAACGAUAAUUUCCCUCAAAAUACAAUAAUUUUGAGUCUCUGGUACGAUACUCCUACAUUUCCCACCUGGCAACGCUGAUCACAAAUCACAGUCUGCCUCAGAGGCUUUACAACAGACGUAGUCUCUAUAAACAGACUCUACAUUCAGUGAAUGUAGAGUCUGUAGGCAAACCCCUGAUCUUGAAGAGCGGAAGAGCCCUGGUUUCCGGUGCUAGGCUGUUUGUAGUCCGCGUGAUAUUGACCAAUCACGUUUGAGCUGGCUGCAGUUGUUGCCAGGUUAAAUGCUCCGUGCAGUGAACUAACGAGGCGGAACAUAAUUGGCGUCACUGCAAACUCUGAAUCCAUCGCAAUGGUUUAUCAUAUUUACUUAUAUAUAAACGGAAGUCGAAAACAGAAAUUCGCCUCCUCAAACUGGAAUGCCAAAAAAUUGGGGGUCUGCCCCCAGAGGCUGUAUCGCCGUCUGCCGGAAGUCAGACGCCGAAUACAGCCAAUGGGUUCCCAGAAUGCAGCAGACGUCACCCAAAACUCCCCUUAAUCAAAAAUGGUAGAAACCUCAGGAAGAGCAACUGAGGAGGGAUCCCUCUCUCAGGAACGACAGAUGUGCAACAGAUGUCGUACAGAACAGAUCAACAUGAUAAACGUACAGUGAUCCAUAUGACACAAUGAUACAGAGAGAGAUGCAGGGCAAACUGUGAUGACAACAGCUACAAUAAACAUUAAUUUUAGUAAUAAUAUAAUAAUAAUUGUAGUAAUUUGGUAAUAUAUGUAAGUAUAUUAAUAUAUGUUAGUAUAUGUAUGUGACAAUAAUCAUCAUAUGUGUGUAAUAAUAACAGCAGUAGUAGGAGACAUCAGGCGGGACCACGGCAGCAGCACAACCACAACCCACGAUCAAGCCGUAGCUGCGAAUCGAGGGAACCUGUGAGACAGUGGAGCGCAAAGGCUCCAGAGAUCUCUCUUGUUUACAAGGCCGAUAAAUCUGAAUGAAUUAUUUUUGGUGCUCAUGGUUUCAGUAAAAUUAACUGAACGAUUAAAUUUUGGAGAAUCUCACGAGCUAACGACGUGUAGCAUCUCUAUACCGACAAAAGUUAAGACAUUUAUAUUCAUAUGCGCGAUUUAGGCAGCUAAGUCACGUUAGCUCAAGUGGGUAGCCAACAACCUGGUUUUAUACAUCCAAAGAACUUAAUAAAAAUGGGCUGGUAAAGGAGGAUGGGUGUUCAUUUGGGACGAUAGGCUUUGCGGUAUGAAGCUACAGUGAGGAGACUGUUAGCUUAACUUAGCACAGGUGUCAGCACACUUUACUAUCAAAGAACCAUUCAGCGUUACUAAUAGGUCUAACUAUGUCAUUGAUAGGUUUUACCACAAGCUGGCUACCCUGCAGUGAGCUGUUUAUGAUAUAAAGUAGACUACUUUAAUAUUUUAGCGUCAGCAGUGAAAGCAAACAAAUCUGUCCACGCACUUUGAAAUUCUCUCCAGCUAGCAUAGCCAGGGAGACUCAGGACGAGCCACCGCUACUGAGGUUCUACAAAAUGUAAAGGAAAAGCCGUCAGUCCCAUUUUCAUUAUGUGAUAUGUCAAGAAGGCUGACAGGGAUAUUUUUUUUAUCAAAUUUGGCACAAAUGUUCACUUAGACUCAACAAUGAACUGAUUAAAAUUUUGGUGGCCAAAGGUCAGUGCAACGUUGCAACCGUCUCAUUCUGGUAAACGCGAUAUCUCAAAAAAGCCUCGACAGAGUCUCUUUAAAUUUGACAUAAAUGUUUACUUGGACCUCUCAAGAAUUUGGGGCUAAAGGUCAAGGUCACUGUGAUCUUUCUUCUGUCUCGUCCUCAUUAACGUGAUACCUCAAGAGGGCCUUGAGGGAGUUUCCUCAAAUUUGGCAAAAACGUCCACUUUGACUCAAGAAUGAACUGAUAAUAAUUUGAUGGUCAAAAGUCGCUGUGACCUAACAAAACAUGUUUUUGCCCAUAAUUCAUGAAUUCAUACUCUCAUUAUGACAAAAUUUCACACAAAUGUCUAAAUAUAAAAUAAAAAUAUGAAGUGAUGGCAUUUUAUAUCAAAAAGGUCAAAGGUCAGCGUCACUGUGACAUCAUUAUAGUCUGCAAAAACACAUUUCUGGCCAUUACUAAAUGUCAUAUCAGAAGGGGGGGGGGGCAGGCAUUUGGUCAGUGAUGAAUUGGUUACUCUAAUCUUGGCAAUUGAGGCGUACAACUGCAGAGCGGUAAUUCUAAUUUUAUGUUUUAAAUUACGCAUUGUUUACGUCCAUGUUUACUAGCUGUUUGUUUUAUUUUAUACUGACUUUGUUGACGAAUUACUGUACUUCCUCUUGGUGCUACAAAUUAAACCAACAGCAGGAUGUGAAUCGUGAAAACGUUGUUCCGUAGCGCCACUAGUGGUCAAAAACUUCAUAGGAUACCUUUUGAUUAGCGUAGCCUGGGAGAGCAAUAAGAAGUACAGUUUCCUCAGGGGCUCAUGUCUUUUAAGAAACCUGUGAUUUUUGCACAAAACAAAUGAGAUAUAAAGUGUUAAUUUGUGAGCUUUCAAGGUGCUGGUUGGUGGAGUUUGAUAUAUCCAGACAGAGCCAGGCUAUCUUUAUGCUAAGCUAAGCUAACAGCUUGCUGGGCCGAGCCUCAUAUUUACCACACAGAAAUGACAGUGGAUCGAUCAUCUCAUCAAACUCUCAGCAGGAAAGCAAGUAAGUGUAUUUCCAAACUAUUCCUCAAACUUGAACCAGCCUGUAAUACUGAGUCAUUUCAUGUCACAGGAGGUACAUCAUGUAAGUGUCCACAUCACACUGGUGACUGGUUUUUGGGUGGAUGUUCAUCACAUUGGAGACAGAGAGAGCAGGUCGGCGUAGUCAUGGUGUUGACUUUGGUAUAAAUGCUGGGUGCAAACAUCCCACAAUCCUUUGAGGGUAAAACUAAUGGAACCAUUAGGCACUUUAACUGCCCAGAUACCAUGACGUGCCUCACACGAGUCAAAUAAACAGGAUUAUUCUAUGCACCCUCCGCACACAGACACACACACUGGAGGCAGACGUACAGUGUGUGUGUCCGCAGUGUGUUUUUAACUGACAUCAGUCAUUUUAAUAAGUUACCUGAGGGAUCUGGUGCAGUGUGUUAGUGUUUUUUAACAGGUUUACUUGGAGCUUAAGUUUUUGGGGCCUGUAGCACAAAGCAAUCUGGACUCAGUCUGGCCUCUUUGAUUCUGGGUAAAUAAUAUCAUGAAGCUGGUUAUAAAACAACUCUGUCAGCGUUAGAGGCAAAGUUAUUUAUUCACUUAUUCUUGAGUAGUGAGAAAAAAACGUUAUUUUUCAGGGUUUUGAUUUUUUUUAAAAUAUAUUUUAAAAGAGUUUCGACUGUUAAACCUUGUUUUGGGUCAACCUCCCGGUGAUUUGAUUUUUAUACCUUCAAGCUGGUGACAGUCAUGGCUGGAGGCAUCAUGUUUUUUACAUUGUCCGUCCAUUAUCUCACAAACACCUUGAGGGAAUUUUUUUUUUAAAUUUGGCAAACGUCCACUUGGACUCAAUGAACUUGGAAGUCAGAGUGUGUCUCAAAUCACAUAAUUCUGUUCAUACACUUUAGUGUACACUUCUUGUGUGGUGCACUAAUUUCAACAGGGUAGUGUUGUCUCACAUCGUGCACUGCUGUUUGGCACUUACCAGAAGGGACAAAACGGUGACUUGCAAACAGGCGGUGGAGCAUUAUUGCCAACAUUUGACCGCUGUCUCUGCCCACACAUAAACCAAACUUACGCCAUUGCCACUGUAGCUAGCAGCAAGUUAGCUAGCUGGCAAAUGCUAAUGUUAGCUUGCAAGCUUACAUUAGCACUUGCAUUAUUGUUCGCGGUACCAUCAGUACAGACCCAACAAACAGUUUUGGUACUUCGUGCAAAAAACGUGUAACGCACAGGCUUCUUGUUGUCCCCAUCUGCUGUGUCAAAAGUUGAGAAGUUGGCGACCGUUGAGGUUGAGUAGUGUCCAUCAUUCCACACUCAACUUUUAGACCCAGAACUUUGUGCACUAAAAAUAUUAAGUGUUUCGUACAGAAGUCUGAGAUUUGAGACACACUGAAAGGCUGUGUCCUUGCCGCAGCAGCCGCAGCUUCGAUUCCAGCCCACGGCCUUUUGCUGCAUGUCAUCCCUUCUCUCCCUCCCCCUUUUCACGCCUGAAAUGGCCCAUCAAAUACAAGCAAAAGAGCCACACACACACACACACACACACAAAGAAUUCAAAAGCUUAUUAUGACAAAAUUCUGAUUCUGAUGUGUGAUGACAUUUUAUAUUCAAAAGGUGAGAGGUCAGCUUCAGCAUGACAUCAUCAUGUUUUGCAAAAACACUUUUCUCAGUGUCAUAUCUCAGGAACAGAAGCGGAGACAUUUGGUCAGAUACUGAAUUAUUGUCGGGGGGUGAUGUGUGUAAAGCAUCUGUGUUUUCACAGACAUGGAUGUAAAGUAUAACUGCGAGUCGACUGGUUCUCGGAGGCGUAAACCACGAGGGGGUUAUUCUAGUUUUAAAUGGUGGGCUUCAACAAAUAAAGCAGUGUGGCGCGUCUUGUGUUUUGCAGCUUAUCUUACAAAAAGCGCUCUGUCUGAUCGGGACCGAGUGGUGCAGUUACCAUGGUGAUCUGAUGCUUUUAGAAGUGAACCAGCUUCAUGAUACCUGAGUUAAACCCACAGUCAGCCAGCUAACACACUAAUCUAAUCAGGCUUGGUGCUACAGGCCCCCAGGUGUGUGCUUCUUUCUUUGUGUCACCUGGGGGAGCAAUAAAAAACAAAAUCUUCUCAGGGGACCUUAAUUUAAAAAAAAAAGAAAAAAGAAAAGGUUGCCAGCACACAGUACAGUGUAAAUACUUGCUUGUACUUCUUACCACAGUGUGUGAUGAGUAUCAGUCAGAAAACUAGGAUCUUAACUAUCAAGCCGUCCUUUGAAACACUUGUUCAGUUCUUAAAGUCAGUGGUAACAAAUCCACAGUGUCGAACCAGUGAACUCGUGCUGUCUCUUUUCUGUAUGUACAUGUGCAAUGGUGCCUGUGUGUCCUGUUAUACGUAGCGAGUGGGAUAUAAGAGAGACAAGAACACAGUCCUGUCUAACAGUAAUGAGUGUAUGUGAGAGAAAUGAAUGAAAAGACAGUGUUAAUAAAUGCAAUCACUGAUGUAGAAUCUAAUGUAAAAAGGAUUUUAUUUUCUGAACUUGAACAAAGAACUGUUAUCUUUAAAGUCCAGGCAAUAAAAUAAAAAAUGAAUACCUGA